CCGCCCAUGGCCGGGAAGGUGCUGUCACUGCUGCCGCCGCUGCUGCUGGCCGCGGCGGGCCUCGCCGGUCUCCUGCUGCUGUGCGUCCCCACCCGCGACGUCCGGGAGCCGCCCGCCCUCAAGUAUGGCAUUGUCCUGGAUGCUGGCUCUUCGCACACGUCCAUGUUUGUCUACAAGUGGCCUGCGGACAAGGAGAAUGACACGGGCAUUGUGGGUCAGCACAGCUCCUGCAAUGUUCGAGGUGGGGGCAUCUCCAGCUAUGCUGACAACCCUUCCGGGGCCGGCCAGAGUCUUGUUGAAUGCCUUGAACAGGCACUUCGAGACGUGCCCAUAGAGAGACAUGCAGGCACGCCCCUCUACCUGGGAGCCACAGCGGGCAUGCGCCUGCUCAACCUGACCAGUCCAGAGGCCUCAGCCAACGUGCUCGCGGCGGUGACGCAGACGCUGACCCAGUACCCCUUUGACUUCCGUGGUGCGCGUAUUCUCUCAGGCCAGGACGAGGGAGUGUUUGGCUGGGUGACUGCUAACUACCUGCUGGAGAGCUUCAUCAAGUACGGCUGGGUAGGCCGGUGGUUCCGGCCAAAGAAGGGGACACUGGGGGCCAUGGACCUGGGGGGUGCCUCCACACAGAUCACCUUUGAGACGGCCAGUGCAGCUGAGGAUCAAGCCAAUGAGGUCCAGCUGCAGCUCUAUGGCCAGCACUACCGAGUCUACACCCACAGCUUCCUCUGCUAUGGCCGUGACCAGGUCCUCCAGAGGCUGCUGGCCAGUGCCCUCCAGACCCACGGCUUCCACCCCUGCUGGCCAAGGGGCUAUUCCACCCAAGUGCUGCUCCAGGAUGUGUACCGGUCACCAUGCACUGCGGCCCAACGGCCCCAGACCUUCAACAGUAGUGCCAGGGUCAGCUUGUCUGGGAGCAGCAGCCCCAACCUCUGCCAAGACCUCAUUUCGGGACUCUUCAGCUUCUCAUCCUGCCACUUCUCCCGAUGCUCCUUCAAUGGGGUCUUCCAGCCCCCAGUGGCUGGGAAUUUUAUUGCCUUCUCUGCUUUCUUCUACACCGUGGACUUCCUGAGGACUGUGAUGGGGCUGCCAGUGGCCACCCUACAGCAGCUGGAGGCAGCCGCAGUGACCGUCUGCAGCCAGACCUGGGAUGAGCUGCAGGCGCGGGCGCCAGAGCAGCGGGCCCGCCUGGCCGACUACUGCGCCGGGGCCAUGUUCGUGCAGCAGCUGCUGAGCCGCGGCUACGGCUUCGACGAGCGCACCUUCCGCGGGGUCACUUUCCAGAAGAAGGCCGCGGACACGGCGGUCGGCUGGGCGCUCGGCUACAUGCUGAACCUGACCAACAUGAUCCCCGCCGACCCGCCGGGGCUGCGCAAGGGCACGGCCUUCGGCUCCUGGGUCGCCCUGCUGCUGCUCUUCGCCGCCGUGCUCCUGGCCGCGCUCGUCCUGCUGCUGCGCCAGGUGCGGUCCGCCAAGGCUGCGAGCGCCAUCUAGGGGCGGGCGGGGGCAGCUGCCCCACCCCUCCGCCCGCCCUCAGCCUCUGCCCCUCGGGCAGACCCGGGAACCGAGACCGAGUCUCUGGCGCCCGCAUCCACAGGGGGCCCAUCCAUGCCCUCCACCCACUUCC